CGCCGCGGAUCCGCCAGACAGCGAGGCCCCCGGCCGGGGGCAGGGGGGACGCCCCCUCCGGGGCACCCCCCGGCUCGAAGCCGCCCGCGGGGCCGGCCUCAGCCGGGAACGGAGGAAGGAGCCGCCGAGGAGCAGCCCAAGGCCCCAGAGUCUGAGACGAGCCGCCGCCGCCGCCCCCGCCGCCGCCGCCGCCGCCACUGCGGGGAGGAGGGGGAGGAGGAGCGGGAGGAGGGACGAGCUGGUUGGGAGAAGAGGAAAAAAGUUUUGAGACUUUUCCGCUGCUGCUGGGAGCCAAAGGCGCGGGGACCUUCGCGCAGCGCUGCUCCGCGAGGCAGGACUGGGGGACCCCAGACCGCACCUCCGCCCUGCACCGCCUCGGACGCUUGCUCCCUUCCUUCCCCCCACACGGCGUUCCCCGGGCGCCCCCAUUCCGGACCAGCCCUCAGGAGCCUCAUACCCGACUCCCGCGAGGACUCGACCCCAGACAUCGGUCGCACCCUCCCGCACGGCCCCCAACUCCUAGCCUCUCUCUUGAGCCCCGCGCAUCCAAGGACCCUUCUCCUCCGGGAUCCAGGAGACGGGAUUAAUCUCAGACCUGCCCCAGCUUUCCUAUUCAAGACCACCCACCUUUGGUACCAGAUCUCGCUCAUCUCGGUUUUUGCCGUGGGAUACCGAGAACACACCCAUCAGAGCCGCCCCUCCAGCUCCGCUCCGUCCUCCCUGAGGGCCUCAACUCCCUCCCUCCCCAGACCCUCCUACCUUUCCUCGGGAGACCCCCCCCACCAGCCCCUGUAGGGGCGGGGCCUCCCUCUUCCCACCCCAGCCCGGCUCGCGCUCCCGGCUGUGCCGGGGGCGCCGCCUCCCCCAUGCCGCCCUCGGGGCUGCGGCUGCUGCCGCUGCUGCUGCCGCUGCUGUGGCUACUAGUGCUGCCGCCUGGCCGGCCGGCCGCCGGACUGUCCACCUGCAAGACCAUCGACAUGGAGCUGGUGAAGCGAAAGCGCAUCGAGGCCAUCCGCGGCCAGAUUCUGUCCAAGCUUCGGCUCGCCAGCCCCCCGAGCCAGGGGGAGGUGCCGCCCGGUCCGCUGCCCGAGGCCGUACUGGCCCUUUACAACAGUACCCGUGACCGGGUGGCCGGGGAAAGUGCCGAACCUGAGCCUGAGCCAGAGGCGGACUACUACGCCAAGGAGGUCACCCGCGUGCUAAUGGUGGAAAACAGCAACGAAAUCUAUGGGAAAAUCAAGCGUAGCCCACACAGCAUGUAUAUGCUCUUCAACACGUCGGAGCUCCGGGAAGCGGUGCCCGAACCUGUGUUGCUCUCUCGGGCAGAGCUACGCCUGCUGAGGCUCAAGUUAAAAGUGGAGCAGCACGUGGAGCUGUACCAGAAAUACAGCAAUGAUUCCUGGCGCUACCUCAGCAACCGGCUGCUGGCCCCCAGCGACUCGCCGGAGUGGCUGUCCUUUGACGUCACUGGAGUUGUGCGGCAGUGGCUGACCCACGGAGAGGAAAUAGAGGGCUUUCGCCUCAGUGCCCACUGUUCCUGUGACAGCAAAGAUAACACACUCCAAGUGGACAUUAACGGGUUCAGUUCCGGCCGCCGGGGUGACCUCGCCACCAUUCAUGGCAUGAACCGGCCCUUCCUGCUCCUCAUGGCCACCCCGCUGGAGAGGGCCCAGCACCUGCACAGCCCCCGGCACCGCCGAGCCCUGGACACCAACUACUGCUUCAGCUCUACGGAAAAGAACUGCUGCGUUCGGCAGCUCUACAUUGACUUCCGCAAGGACCUGGGCUGGAAGUGGAUUCACGAACCCAAGGGCUACCACGCCAAUUUCUGCCUGGGGCCCUGCCCCUACAUCUGGAGCCUGGACACGCAGUACAGCAAGGUCCUGGCCCUGUACAACCAGCACAACCCGGGCGCGUCGGCGGCGCCGUGCUGCGUGCCGCAGGCGCUGGAGCCGCUGCCCAUCGUGUACUACGUGGGCCGCAAGCCCAAGGUGGAGCAGCUGUCCAACAUGAUCGUGCGCUCCUGCAAGUGCAGCUGAGGCCCCGCCCCUCCCGGCAGGUCCCGCCCACCCCGGCAGGCCCGGCCCCGCCCCCCCGCCCGCCUCAUCAGGGUUGUAUUUAAGGACACCGCGCCCAAGCCCACCUGGGGUCCAUUAAAGGUGGAGAGAGGACUGGGUCUCUGUGUCAUUGGGUGCCUAACUAGGGUUUCUCUUCCGACGUUCCCCGACCUCCCCCCCCAAUGCCCCCCGCAUCUCCUUACAUUGACACUUACAUCUGCCUCCUCCUGUCUCUGCCCAUCAUUCAUUUGCCCCUCCUCACACAAACACUUCUUAGCGCUUGUUAUGUUUCUUACUCCUGGUGAACAAGGGUUAGAUUUAUUUAUUGAGCACCUUGGACC